CUUCCAUCCUCCAUGUCCACCAGCACACUCCCUCGCAAUCAUCUAUUCAUCCUUCCUAUCAUACAUACCAUCGUGAAGACAAAACUGUCAAGUCGGUUUAACAGCUCCGUUACCUCAAGGCGGCCACGAGGGGUUCCGGUUACGGUCUCUUGCGAUCCAGCAUAGUCUCACCUUGCCUACCUGCCACCCGCAAUGUCCGACCAGGUCGGCUUCAGCUUCCAGGCCGAUGUCGUCAACACGGCCUCUAUGGGCCACGUCCUCACCGGACGGCUCCUCAAGGCUCUCAGCGACGGCGGCGUCGACACCUACGCCCUCUGGUCCGCCGUUCAGCUCGGCAAGCUGAUUCCGGUCCAGAAGUCGCUCCAAAACACGCUCUACGCCCAGAUCGCGUCCAAAAAGACAUAUCAGUCCGUCCUCUCCAAGGCCCUGAGCAUCGGCUGGGGCCACUCGGCGCCUGUUGCGGACCUGGCGCGCACCGUGGCCGGAUCCAACGCCAUCAUCCUCAUCGGUGCGCUCGCCACGGGCUGCCAGUCCUUCGCCGCUGCGCAAUGCCUCUCGGAGCUGAUGUCCAUCCACGGGCUCGAGGCCGACACGUUACCAAGCGUAGACGUCCUUAAGGGACUGGUUGGCUACCUUGCCCCGUUCGUUCAAGAUCUCGGGUUCUCCAAGGUCGUCCAGCACAUUACAAACGUAUCGGAAAGAAUGAUCAGGUCUAAAGGGCAGUCCUGCGGCAAUACCGACCCUAGAGGGACAGAACAGGAGGUUCGGCGCAUGAAGAGCUUGGGAAGUCCGGGCGCCCUUGCUCGCGCAAUCAAGCAGCUCAUCCUGACUUCGAAAAAAGGGCAGAGCGACUACAUGGUGCUCGAGAUGCGCGGGUCCUGGCUCCCGGCGUUUGCUAGUCUCGUACUUGGGAUGUCCGUCGAGCUGCGACUCGGGGAUCAAAUCGUCUGGGCGAGUGGAGGUGAUCGAGGAAGCAUUAAUUUCCAGCUCGACAAAGAUGCCGCAGGCCUUUUUGAUCAUUCGCUUUCAAGAACAGGCCACAUAACUCUGAAGAUAGAGCCAGACGAGGAAACCGAAAGCUCCCCGAUAUCGGUCGACUACCUGAUUGGAGAAGCUCUCGAGGCUCAAUUCCUGAAGAGGCCCGAGAUCAACGCCAGUAUUGCGAAAUCUAUCAAAGCUGUCAUAGCUGAUCUGUCUUUUCACCUCUUUGAAAAUACCCAAUUUACCCCCGAAUUAGAGAUGAGUAAUGGCAGAGGCCAUCGCUUGAAUGGCCACUUUGUUGGGAUAUCUUCUUUGGAGGACACCCUGAUCAUUAUGGGCAUUGAUGUCAGAACCUCCGUCGAACCUGCGGCUGAGCCGCCCGGUUUGGGUGUGCGUUCGAGUCACAUUUGGAAUAAGUCUUCAGGACUCAUAGACCCAAAGUUUGGCGAGGAUUUGGCAUCCUGUUGUCAUCUUCACUGUUCAAAGCCAACCCCGGACGAGCAAACCCGCGUAGGACCAUCUCAAAAUGAGAGCUGUAUUUGUGAAUUCGUUGGACAACUCAUCCACGGCUUUACAACAACGGCGCUCGCCUUGGCGUUUUGCAGGUUCGACACAAACCGACUGAGAGUUCAAGAACACGUUCUUGUCGGAGACAUAAUGACGUUCUGGACACGAGAUCUUCAGACAUACCUGGGGGAACUUCCAGUAUUCUCCAAAGACAGGAAGCUAGAGAACAACGUCUCACACGUGUCGGGACAUGAAGAUCUCCUGAUCCAUCUAGGAGAGCUUGUUUGCGCCGAUUUCUCAUUUGAUUGGCUGAACAGUGCUGAUCCAUAUGCAAACUAUGAGGAACGAAUCUACAGCCUUGGAGUAUCAGGGAAACUUUACACAAUUUACUACGCCUGUGUAAUGACAGAUGAAUGCUACGACGACCUCGGACGAAUGAUCGUAAUUCAAUCUGGUAGAGCGUCGGUGAAUGGCGUUUUCCGUAACGCCAUUAUAGAGAGAGCUCUGCCCGGUAUUCGUUGGGGUGUUCGGACCUUGAAGCAAACCACCAGAUGUCUGGACACUGUGGCGCUGGCCAGUGGGACAUUUCUGGCGCCUCAUUGCCGUCCUCCAGAAACCAGGAUUUCGAUGACCGUCAACCUCAACGAGAGCGUCAUCAUAGUCCGACUGAAGCUGAUGGUCGAUCCACAAAAAGCAGUGACGGUGCCCUUCCGAUACUGCAUCUCUGGGUUUCUCACCGACUGGGCGGUCCCUCGGUGUCAACAUCCGACCAACAGACCUUACGAGUUGAAAGGAGAUGGGAAGUUUGUUGCCAGCGGGUUCCAGGUAGCCAAGACUAACCAGCAAAUCUCCAGGGAGAUCCUAGUCUACGCCUUGCAAGGCCGAAAGUUGGAACAGCUUAUGAUCUGCGGGUUGAUGAAAGAGGAAAUGGCCAGAUUCAGCGGUUAUGGAGGGGAAGGUUCCAUGUUCUGGCUCGAGUCAAUCCCCGGCGUGAUUCAACUCACGGCCUGCUUGGAGUGCUGUUUUCAGUGGGGACGAGGUAUUGGGUGUGUAGUGAUGGGUGGAUGAGAGAAGCGGCUGGCCUCGUCACUUUCGGGUCGUCGGUAUGCUUACUGAAUUCAGCACGUUCAGUUGCUUUUGCCUCCUCCC